GGGAGGUGGAAAAAGAGAAGAAGCAAGCAAGGAAGGAAGGAAAGAAAUCCCCAACUCAAAACUCCUUCCUUCAUCAGAUUUGCUCCCCUCCCCACCCAAAUCUGUCUGUCCCAACUCCCAACCCUAACCAAACCCCCAACUCCACUCCUUCAUCACCCAAGAAGCAUGGCGCCGGCGGCCGGUCGCGGCCGAGGACGAGGACGGGCCCGGGGACGCGGCCGCGGCCGUGGGCGCGGACGAGCGGCCAAGACCCCGCCGCCUCCCGCCGCAGAACCCGCGCCGGAGGAGGCUCCCGACGCCGCCGAGCAGGAGCAGGAGCAGGAGCAGGAGCAGGAGCAGGAGCACGAGCAGGAUCAGGAGCACGAACAGGAGCAGGAGCAGCUCACCCACAACACCCAAGAUGCCGCCGCCUCUGCCUCUGCCUCUGCCUCUGCUUUUGCGGGGCGGGAGACGAUUGAGAUCUCUGACUCGACAGAGGCAUCCCCUCAACACUGCGCCUCCUCGCCAGACAUAUAUAGCUCAACCACAGUCCACCAGCACAUCAAGGAGGAGGAGCCAACCUCAAUCACAGUCGAUGAGCCGAGUGAGGCCGACGUGCCGUCUCCUACCAAUGAUGAUGAGCAGCAGCAGAAAAUGGAGGUGGAGGCUGGAGAGCCUCAUGAUAUGUUGUUGUCCGUAGAGCAAGAAGAAGCGCAAGGAAAUAAUAACCAGGAGGAUGCAGGGCCCGAUGCGAACAAGCAAGCGGUACAGAGCAAAGAAGCAGAGGUGAUAGAGCAGGAGGGUGGAAAAGCCGAUGAUGAUGAUGUAGCGGUAAAGACUGCUGCAACUCAUGAUGCACAAAAUAAGCAAGACAGCCAACCUAACCCACUCCACCAGGGACAAAUGCUUGCAGCAACUCAUGAUGAUAAUUCAGAAAAUAAGCACCCACUCCACCAACAACAGAUGGAUGCUCAGCAGGAAGAGGAGGAGGAGGAGGAUCCUCAAGAGGUCAUCUUCGACGACUCUGUCUCCGUGGGUGAAGGGCAGGCCGCAUCUGAGAUCAAGCAAGGAGACGACCUUGCUAAGGCCACGGAGGACGACGACGACGGGCAGGCUGCAGCUGAGAGCAAACAGGAAGAGCACCGUGCUAGGGCGUCGGAGGAGCACGGCCAGGCUGCAGGUGAGGUCAAACAGCAAGAGGACGAGCGCAAGGUUAUGUCAGACAUGGCCAAGAACAGGCAGCGCAAAAAGGAGCUAGAGAUCUUUGUGGGAGGGCUGGACCGUGAAGCCGUCGAGGAGGAUAUUAGGAAGGUGUUUGCGCACGUCGGUCAUGUUGUGGAGGUCCGUCUCCACAAGGAUCUCUCCACCAACAAGAACAAGGGCUUUGCGUUCGUCAGGUUUGCAAACAAACACCAGGUGGCUCGCGCGCUUGCUGAGGUGAAGAAUCCUAUGAUACAUGGCAAACGUUGUGCCGUUGCCGCUAGCGAGGACAACGACACACUCUUCUUGGGCAAUAUUUGCAAUACAUGGACAAAGGAAGCUAUUAAGAAGAGGCUGCUUGACUAUGGAGUUGAAGGAGUUCAAAGCUUAACUCUUGUUCCUGAUACUCAAAACGAAGGCCAGAGCCGUGGUUUUGCAUUUCUCGAGUUUUCUUGCCACGCGGAUGCGAUGCUUGCAUUCAAGAGGCUGCAGCAACCAGAUGCUCUGUUUGGUCAUCCUGAGAGAACUGCAAAAGUUGCUUUUGCAGAGCCAAUAAAAGAAGCAGAUGCAGAAGUUAUGGCUCAGGUCAAAUCAGUUUUUAUUGAUGGGCUUCCACCAUACUGGGAUGAAGAGCGUGUUAAAAACCGAUUCAAAGCUUAUGGUUUGAUAGAACGAGUUGUGCUUGCUCGCAAUAUGUCUAGUGCUAAAAGAAACGAUUUUGGAUUUGUCAACUUCUCAACCCAUGAGGAGGCUCUUGCUUGUAUUGAAGCCACCAACAACACCGAGCUGGGUGAUGUUGGAAAAGCAAAGCUAAAAGUAAGGGUUAGACUUUCAAACCCUCUACCUAAAAGUCAGGCUGUGAAAGGUGAAAUGAGUGGCGGGUUUCGAAUUGGACAUCCUGGAUCUGGUUUUAACAGGCCUGGUAGAGGUUUUAAUAGGGGAAGAGCUGCCCCUCGCCGGGAAGGUUUCCAUGGUGAUAGGGGUUUCAAUAAUCACACUCCUGUUCGUGGUGGGAGAUUUAAUUCUGCAUACAGUAACAACAGUUUUGAAGCUUCGCCCUCUGAUUUCCGAGCCAGGCAGGCUCCUCCUGCCUUUCGAGGGGGUUCCUCAGGAAGGCAGCAUGAUUUGUUUGAUAGAGGACAGGGGAGAGGAUAUCAUCAUCCACCUAGAGGGCCAACAUUUGAGCCCGAGGGUGAUUUUGGUAGACCCUUUGGUGAAAACCCAUAUCUCUAUGAAGAUGUUCGGCAUGGUGCUAAGAGGCCAUAUUCUCACAUGGAACCCGGUCCUCCUGGAUACUUUGAGCAUGGUGGUCCUCCUCGUGUGCGCCCUCGCUUUGACCAUUACGAGCAGCCACCAUUUCCUGGAGGGAACCGUUUUGGUCAUUAUGACCAGCCACCAUUUCCUGGAGGUGACCGCCACAGAGACUCUUUUGGGACGAGGGGUGGUUAUUCACGUGAUCAUCACUAUGGCCCUGCUCCUGGUCAUGCCCCGCCCCCUGCCCAUGCCCCUCCCCCUGCCCCAGCUCAAUAUGGUAGGGGUGCAUUCCAACCACACCAUAGAGGCGGGCAUUCUGGAGGCGGUUAUUACCACCACUAGGUGGUAUCACAGUAUGUCUCUUGUCAGCUGGUGUGACUUUCUCUUACUGGUCUUGUUUGAUAUUUGCAAUGAUCGUGCGGCACUAACAUCGGUUUACAUGCAGACAUCAGGUGGUGCCGUGUGACACUAGUGUUUGGUUUGGUAGUGACUAGUGAGAAACAUAUUGCCGCUUAUUAGCUACUAGUACUCGCAAGUCAGUUGGUUGUUAGUUAUCUUUCAAAGUACCGUUCGUUGUCGCAGACCAAUAAUUAACUGUCCUUGUUAAAGGACAUGUUUGGGGUCAUGAAUCUGUUGUGAGGAUAUUGGUGGAUGAUGUUAUAGAACUAGAGGCAUGACAUGGACCGACCUCUCUGUAUUUGAUUAGAUAACAUUAUGGAUUAUGGAUUUUAGACAGUUUAUGUGGCUUUGCGGAGAAUUGCCUGAGAUUGUUGAUGUUGGUCUUGAGGUCAAUGGGGAUAUGAGACUGUUGUUUGGUAAGAUAUUUGAUUCUUGUCUUGGGGAUAUUUGGUGUACAUGUUGUGAUUAUAUAGUGGAUGGAUGAUGCAUGCAGUAACUAGCAUUCACAUGAGGCUGCAGUUUAUGGUGUCACAAUUGUUGGAGUUGGUCAAGUAGACUUGUUUUGUCGAGGUUCAUUGGCUGGCUAUUUUAGCACUUGGGUCCAAAUUUGGUCAUAUUUAUGAGGUGCUCAUUGGGGGACAUGAUGACAGAAUUUCAGCAUGGAUCAACAAGUUGUUUUGGUGUUGGUUAUAUAAGAGAUUGGUUCUGGUUGGUUCGAUUAUGAGUUGGAUUUUGGGUUGUUGAUGGUUGCAUACGGAAACUUUUAGGCUUUGGUGUUUCUGGUACGUCAAGGAGUAGGAAUCAGUGACUGAUUUUGGCCCCUAACUUGAUUUCCUUGUCUUGGUAAUUUGCUAACGUGCGAAAAUUACUGGAGCAUCUUCAUGAGGCAGGUAAGAUGUUCGUCUAGAGGCGGCGUGCUGCAUUCUUGGGGCGAUGAAGGCAUUCUUGGUGUAUGCAUAGCAGCAUUUGAAGAUGGAUGUUUUGUUUGUACAUUUGACCACUCUUGUGUUUUUAGAUACAUUCCCAGAUGUUUUUUU